AUGAAAAUAUAUUUCUUGGUGUUCCUCUUCAGCCUGAUUGUUAUAAGCCAAGUAAAUGCCACACCAAAAGCACAAGGCAAUCAAAAUUAUGAAAAUAAUUAUCGAAACUAUUAUAAUAGACGCAGUGACUCAUUAGAUGACGAUCUUUCAUCCCUUAAAACCCUAGAAACUGAACAAAGAUUAGAUCUAAACAAAGAUCAUGCAAAAACUGAAGUGAAAGCUUUGACUUCGGACAUCAGCGUGUUGGAUGAUGUUGCCUCUGGAGCAAUUCUGCCACCGAAAAACAGACAUCCAAAUGAUUCUGUACUGUCAAGAGCACAAUCAGUUAUCGACGCCGCGGAUUUGGGACUGUCUACCAGAUUUGCAAACGAUGAAUCAGUAAAACGUUCAGAAUUAUUAUCAGGUGUCGACCGUUCUGAUGUUGUAGAAUUAGCUGUGAGUAAUCGGGGAUCGCCUAAUAGUCAUGCGAAUGCAAACUCUGAAGUGAAUGGUUGGGGAAAGGCUCACAGUGUUGCUAAUGUGGAAACUGGAGUUAAUGGUUGGGGACAGGCUAAUAGUCAAUCAAGUGCUGAUUCCUUAGUGAAUAGUUGGGGACAGGCUAAUAGUCAAUCAAGCGCUGACGCCUUAGUGAAUGGUUGGGGACAGGCUAAUAGUCAAUCAAUUGCUGAUUCUUCAGCGAAUGGUUGGGGACAGGCUAAUAGUCAAUCAAUUGCUGAUUCCUUAGCGAAUGGUUGGGGACAGGGUAAUAGUCAAUCAAGCGCUGACGCCUCGGCAAAUGGCUGGGGACAGGCUAAUAGUCAAUCAAGCGCUGACGCCUUAGUGAAUGGUUGGGGACAGGGUAAUAGUCAAUCAAUUGCUGAUGCUUCAGCGAAUGGUUGGGGACAGGCUAAUAGUCAAUCAAUUGCUGAUUCUUCAGCGAAUGGUUGGGGACACGCUAAUAGUCAAUCAAUUGCUGAUUCUUCAGCGAAUGGUUGGGGACAUGCUAAUAGUCAAUCAAUUGCUGAUUCUUCAGCGAAUGGUUGGGGACACGCUAAUAGUCAAUCAAUUGCUGAUGCUUCAGCGAAUGGUUGGGGACACGCUAAUAGUCAAUCAAUUGCUGAUUCUUCAGCGAAUGGUUGGGGACACGCUAACAGUCAUUCUAAUGCUGAUUCCUCAGCGAAUGGUUGGGGACAGGCUAAUAGUCAAUCAAAUGCUGACGCCUUAGCGAAUGGUUGGGGACACGCUAACAGUCAAUCAAAAGCUGAUGCUUCAGCGAAUGGUUGGGGACACGCUAACAGUCAUUCUAAAACUGAUGCUUCAGCGAAUGGUUGGGGGCACGCUAACAGUCAUUCUAAAACUGAUGCUUCAGCGAAUGGUUGGGGACAGGCUAACAGUCAAUCAACCGCUGACGCCUUAGUGAAUGGUUGGGGACAGGGUAAUAGUCAAUCAAGCGCUGACGUCUCGGCGAAUGGUUGGGGACACGCUAACAGUCAAUCAAAAGCUGAUGCUUCAGCGAAUGGUUGGGGGCACGCUAACAGUCAUUCUAAAACUGAUGCUUCAGCGAAUGGUUGGGGACAGGCUAACAGUCAAUCAACCGCUGACGCCUUAGUGAAUGGUUGGGGACAGGGUAAUAGUCAAUCAAGCGCUGACGUCUCGGCGAAUGGUUGGGGACACGCUAACAGUCAAUCAAAAGCUGAUGCUUCAGCGAAUGGUUGGGGGCACGCUAACAGUCAUUCUAAAACUGAUGCUUCAGCGAAUGGUUGGGGACAGGCUAACAGUCAAUCAACCGCUGACGCCUUAGUGAAUGGUUGGGGACAGGGUAAUAGUCAAUCAAGCGCUGACGUCUCGGCGAAUGGUUGGGGACAGGCUAAUAGUCAAUCAAGCGCUGAUUCUUCAGCGAAUGGUUGGGGACACGCUAACAGUCAAUCAAUUGCAGAUGCCUCAGCAAAUGGUUGGGGACAGGCUAAUAGUCAAUCAAGCGCUGACGCCUUAGUGAAUGAUUGGGGACAGGGUAAUAGUCAAUCAAGUGCUGAUGCCUUAGUAAAUGGUUGGGGACACGCUAACAGUCAAUCAAUUGCUGAUUCCUCAGCGAAUGGUUGGGGGCACGCUAACAGUUAUUCAAAUACUGAUGCCUCAGUGAAUGGUUGGGGACAGGCUAACAGUCAAUCAACCGCUGACGCCUUAGUGAAUGGUUGGGGACAGGGUAAUAGUCAAUCAAGCGCUGACGUCUCAGUGAAUGGUUGGGGACAGGCUAAUAGUCAAUCAAGCGCUGACGCCUUAGUGAAUGGUUGGGGACAAGGUAAUAGUCAAUCAAGCGCUGACGCCUCGGCGAAUGGUUGGGGACAGGCCAAUAGUCAAGCAACUGCUGACGCUUUAGUGAAUUCUUGGGGACAGGCUAAAAGCCAAUCAUUUGCUGAUUCUUCAGCGAAUGGUUGGGGACAGGCUAAUAGUCAAUCAAACGCUGACGCCUUAGUGAAUGGUUGGGGACAGGCUAAUAGUCAUUCAACCGCUGACGCUUUAGUUAAUGCUUGGGGACAGGCUAACAGUCAAUCAGUUGCUGAUUCCUCAGCGAAUGGUUGGGGACUGGCUAAUAGUCAAUCAAAUGCUGACGCCUUAGUGAAAGGUUGGGGACAGGCUAAUAGUCAAUCAAGUGCUGAUGCCUUAGUAAAUGGUUGGGGACAGGCUAAUAGUCAAUCAAGCGCUGAUUCUUCAGCGAAUGGUUGGGGACACGCUAACAGUCAAUCAAUUGCAGAUGCCUCAGCAAAUGGUUGGGGACAGGCUAAUAGUCAAUCAAAUGCUGAUGCUUUAGUAAAUGGUUGGGGAUACGCACAAGGCCAGACAAAUGCAAACUCUGUAAUAAAUGGUUGGGGACAGGCCAAUAGUCAAUCAAUUUCUGAUUCUUCAGUGAAUAGGUUGAGAUACAUUAGCAGCCACCCAAAAUAUGAUCAGUUAUCUAAUCGUUUUGACGAUCAGGCUUAUAGUGAAGCUAAUGCUGAUGCUUCCGCGAAUGGUUGGGGACACGCUAAUAGUCAAUCAAUUGCUGAUUCUUCAGCGAAUGGUUGGGGACACGCUAACAGUCAAUCAAUUGCUGAUGCUUCAGCGAAUGGUUGGGGACAGGCUAAUAGUCAAUCAAUUGCUGAUUCUUCAGCGAAUGGUUGGGGACACGCUAAUAGUCAAUCAAUUGCUGAUUCUUCAGCGAAUGGUUGGGGACAUGCUAAUAGUCAAUCAAUUGCUGAUGCUUCAGCGAAUGGUUGGGGACAGGCUAAUAGUCAAUCAAUUGCUGAUUCUUCAGCGAAUGGUUGGGGACACGCUAAUAGUCAAUCAAUUGCUGAUUCUUCAGCGAAUGGUUGGGGACACGCUAAUAGUCAAUCUAUUGCUGAUUCUUCAGCGAAUGGUUGGGGACACGCUAAUAGUCAAUCAAAUGCUGAUUCUUCAGCGAAUGGUUGGGGACACGCUAAUAGUCAAUCAAUUGCUGAUGCUUCAGCGAAUGGUUGGGGACAGGCUAAUAGUCAAUCAAUUGCUGAUGCUUCAGCGAAUGGUUGGGGACAGGCUAACAGUCAAUCAAUUGCUGAUGCUUCAGCGAAUGGUUGGGGACAGGCUAACAGUCAAUCAAUUGCUGAUGCAUCAGCAAAUGGUUGGGGACAGGCUAAUAGUCAAUCAAUUGCUGAUUCUUCAGCGAAUGGUUGGGGACACGCUAAUAGUCAAUCAAUUGCUGAUUCUUCAGCGAAUGGUUGGGGACAUGCUAAUAGUCAAUCAAUUGCUGAUGCUUCAGCGAAUGGUUGGGGACAGGCUAAUAGUCAAUCAAUUGCUGAUUCUUCAGCGAAUGGUUGGGGACACGCUAAUAGUCAAUCAAAUGCUGAUUCUUCAGCGAAUGGUUGGGGACACGCUAAUAGUCAAUCAAUUGCUGAUGCUUCAGCGAAUGGUUGGGGACAGGCUAAUAGUCAAUCAAUUGCUGAUGCUUCAGCGAAUGGUUGGGGACAGGCUAACAGUCCAUCAAUUGCUGAUGCAUCAGCGAAUGGUUGGGGUCAGGCUAAUAGUCAAUCAAUUGCGGAUUCUUCAGCGAAUGGUUGGGGACACGCUAAUAGUCAAUCAAUUGCUGAUGCUUCAGCGAAUGGUUGGGGUUACGCUAACAGUCAAUCAAUUGCGGAUGCCUCAGCAAAUGGUUGGGGACACGCUAACAGUCAGUCAAUUGCUGAUGCAUCAGCGAAUGGUUGGGGACAGGCUAACAGUCAAUCAAUUGGUGAUGCAUCAGCGAAUGGUUGGGGACAGGCUAACAGUCAAUCAAUUGCUGAUGCAUCAGCGAAUGGUUGGGGUCACGCUAACAGUCAAUCAAUUGCGGAUGCCUCAGCAAAUGGUUGGGGACACGCUAACAGUCAGUCAAUUGCUGAUGCCUCAGCGAAUGGUUGGGGACAAAGUAAUAGUCAUGCGUUAGCUGAACCUUCCACAAAUGGUUGGGGAGGAUACGACGGUAGCUAUGCAAAUGCCGAUUCUCAUACUAGUGGUUGGGGAGGACAUGGUGAUAGCCAUUCAAAUGCAGAUUCUUACAUAAAUGGAUGGGCUCCCCCAACUUACAGUUACCCAAAUACUUAUUCCACGAUAAAUAAUUGGAAACUUGAUGACCAUGCUAAUCCCAUAGCAAAUAAUGGUUGGGGAUCAGCUAUCAGUCAGUCAAACGCUGAAUCAGCAGUAAACGGUUGGGGACAUGCGAACAGUCUAGCAAAUGCCAAUUCCGUAGCGAAUAAUGGUUGGGGAACAGCAAUCAGUCAGUCAAACGCUGAAUCAGCAGUAAACGGUUGGGGACAUGCCAACAGUCUAGCAAAUGCCAAUUCCGUAGUGAAUAAUGGUUGGGGAUCAGCAAUCAGUCAGUCAAACACUGACUCAGGAGUAAACGGUUGGGGACAUGCGAACAGUCUAGCAAAUGCCAAUUCCGUAGCGAAUAAUGGUUGGGGAUCAGCAAUCAGUCAGUCAAACGCUGAAUCGGCAGUAAACGGUUGGGGACAUGCCAACAGUCUAGCAAAUGCCAAUUCCGUAGCGAAUAAUGGUUGGGGAUCAGCAAUCAGUCAGUUAAACACUGACUCAGGAGUAAACGGUUGGGGUGGACAUGCCAACAGUCUAGCGAAUGCCAAUUCCAUAGCAAAUAAUGGCUGGGGAUCACCUAUCAGUCAGUCAAACGUUCAAUCAAGAGUAAAUGGUUGGGGACAUGCCAACAGUCUAGCAAAUGCCAAUUCCGUAGCAUAUAAUGGCUGGGGAUCAGCUAUCAGUCAGUCAAACGCUGAACCAAUACUAAAUGGUUGGGGACAUGCCAACAGUUUAGCAAAUGCAAAUUCCAUAGCAAAUAAUGGUUGGGGAUCAGCUAUCAGUCAGUCAAACGCUGAAUCAGGAGUAAACGGUUGGGGACAUGCCAACAGUCUAGCCAAUGCCAAUUCCGUAGCAAAUAAUGGUUGGGGACAUGCUAACAGUCUAGCGAAAGCAAAUUCAUACAAUUAUGUGUAA